AACAUAAUUUUCAUCUCCAUGGCGUGAUAUGUUGAAUCAAGAGAGAUAAAGAGAGGCAAAGAAAAACACGUUAGAAUUUGCCUUACGGAGUGGCAGGGACACAAAUCACAUGUGAUUAGAGUGGCAGAGAUAUCCUUAUAGUCACAAUUUCCAGCUCUCUUCCGUCCCUAGCCUUCCCUUGUCUCUCUCUAAAUUGUCCUGGUGGAACUCGCAGCUGUUGCUCUCCAUCAGAGACUCAUCGAACGGGCUCCGAAAUUCACUCGGGCCUGUUAAAAUCCUGGGUUGAGUUGUUUGAUAUGUUUUGGGUUAUUGGACGAGGGGAUGGAAGAGAGCCUAGUUUGUCAGUGGAGCGUGAUCAGAUCCCUCUUGGCAAUUCUUCAAUGGUGGACUUUCAAUGUCACUGUAAUUAUCGUUAACAAAUGGAUCUUCCAGAAAUUGGAUUUCAAGUUUCCCUUAUCAGUAUCCUGUGUCCACUUCAUCUGCUCAGCCAUUGGAGCAUACAUAGCUAUCAAGGUGCUGAAACUUAAACCACUUAUAGCUGUUGACCCGGAAGAUCGCUGGAAAAGAAUCUUUCCAAUGUCAUUUGUGUUCUGUAUUAACAUAGUUUUGGGGAAUGUAAGCUUGCGAUACAUUCCAGUAUCUUUUAUGCAGACAAUAAAAUCAUUCACGCCUGCAACGACAGUUGUGUUGCAAUGGCUAGUUUGGAGAAAAUAUUUUGAUUGGCGUAUCUGGGCUUCUCUCGUGCCCAUUGUUGGAGGAAUUCUUCUCACAUCUAUUACAGAGCUUAGUUUUAAUAUGUUCGGAUUCUGUGCUGCCUUAUUUGGCUGUUUGGCUACAUCCACCAAGACUAUUCUUGCGGAGUCUCUGCUGCAUGGAUAUAAAUUUGACAGCAUCAAUACAGUUUAUUAUAUGGCACCAUUUGCAACCAUGAUCUUGGCGGCACCUGCAAUGUUGCUUGAAGGCAAUGGAAUUCUGGAGUGGCUUGGCUCUCAUCCAUAUCCUUGGACAGCCCUCAUCAUUAUUUUGAGUUCGGGGAUUUUGGCUUUCUGCCUUAACUUCUCCAUUUUCUAUGUGAUUCACUCGACCACUGCUGUAACGUUUAAUGUUGCUGGUAACCUUAAGGUUGCUGCCGCUGUCCUCGUUUCUUGGCUGAUAUUUAGAAACCCAAUUUCACCUAUGAAUGCUGUUGGCUGUGCAGUGACUCUCGGGGGAUGUACAUUCUAUGGAUAUGUAAGGAAUGUGCUCUCCCAACAGCCACCUGUUCCAGGCACACCUCGAACGCCCCGAACGCCUCGAAAUAAAUUGGAGAUGGCUCCUCUUGUAAAUGAUAAAUUAGAUGAUAAAGUCUAAUUGGUUUAGGCAGGUAUCAGGUUUCCGCCGUUUGGAAGGCAGUAAUAGCAAGAGAUACAAAAAGGGGAAAAAAUUGAUUUGAGUAAUUUCUGUUCUUAUAUCGCCCGCGGCUUCUAGUAUACAUCGCCUACCCCAAACCCUGUUAGUGUUACGCUUUCUGGAUUGAAUGUUAGGUACAGUUCUUUUACCUUAUUUUUCAAAUUUUUAGUAAUUACAUGUAUUCUUAUUUGUGCAAACGAGUUGAAUGAUCCCAACAUCCGGUUUCUGUUU